AUGAUGAUGACUCUAAUUAAAAUGGACACCUUCUGGUUUACAGGAACCAAUUUUACAAACAACGAUGAGCUGAGGAUUGUGAUGGUGGGGAAGACUGGAAUAGGAAAGAGUGCUUCUGGAAACACCAUUCUGGGUCGAUCAUGCUUUCAGUCCAAAUGCAGCGCCAAAUCCAUGACUGUGAAUUGCUCCAAAAGCUACACUACGGUGGAUGGACAGCAGGUUGCUGUCAUUGACACUCCGGGUCUGUUUGACACCAGAUUUGGAAAAGAAAAAACAACCAAAGACCUGAGUCAGUGCAUCACUUACGCUGCUCCUGGACCCCAUAUAUUCCUGGUAGUUGUUUCAGUGGGUAGAUUCACAGAAGAGGAAAAACAGUCAGUCCAAAGGAUUCAAGAAAUAUUUGGAGAAGCUGCAGAGAGAUUCAGUAUGGUUCUCUUUACUCAUGGAGACAGCCUUGAAUCCAGCAUUGAAGAUUUCUUGUCUGAAAGCCCAGAACUGCGGGGACUGGUGUCCAGAUGUAACGGCCAAUAUCAUGUCUUCAACAAUAACUUAAGAGAUAAGAAACCUCAGGUCAUUGAGCUGCUCCAGAAGAUCAAGAGCAUUGUUAAAAAAAAUGGAGGAAGUCACUACACCAACGAGAUGUUCCAAGAGGCUGAGAGGGCAACUGAAGAGAAGAAACAACGCAUCCUGAAGGAGAAAGAAGAGGAAAUACGUAAACAGAAAGAAGAACUGGAGAGAAAGAUACAAGAAAAAUACCAGACAGCGAUGCAGACAUAUCAGGAGCAGCUCCAGGCUGAGAGAGAGAGGGAGAAGAAGGAGAGGGAGGAGGAGAGGAAGAGGGAGAAGGAGGAGAUGAAUGAGGAGAGAAAACGGGAAAUGGAAGUGAGAGAGGCGGAGAGAAAGGAGAGAGAAAGGGAGAUUGAAAAAAAGAUGAAAGAAUUAAAGGAACAGUCUCAAAAAGAAAUUCAAGAGGAAAAGGCCAAGCUCCAGUCUACGUAUGCAUCCAACGCCAGAACUCAAGCUGAAGAUUUAAAUCCUUUCAGUUUUCUCUUUGAAGCUGUAGGACACAUUUUCAAGCCAUGUAGUGUAAUGUAAGGUUAAAAGUUGUCACCCAGCAGCUUUACAGAUUUUAAUUUAGGUGUUGCUCAAGAUCUCCAGGUAGAGUAAUUUUGCUCAACUUUGAUGUUAGUAUCUCAUAAUUAAAUAAAAUAUUUCGUCUGAUGUUUAGAUGCUGAAUGUGUUCAGUAAAGCUAAUUG